AUGGACUCCUGUGCCAUUUCAGCUUAUUGCAUCAUCUUGUAUGCUCUGUAUUCUUCAUCACCACAUUACGCGGCUUUUUCUACUUCUACUACAGAAGCAGAGGCGCUUUUGAAAUGGAAAGCAAGCUUUCGGAACCAAACCCAGCUGCGAAACCUGACCUCAUGGACUUAUUCCGUUCCGAUUAAUAAUAGUACCAUCAAUUCUUCGAGCAAUCCUAAAGCAAAGGCAAGCCCGUGCACUUGGACUGGUAUUUCAUGCAAUGCUGAUGGAAGUGUGAGCAACAUAAGCCUUGUCAAUUCAAGUUUACAAGGUACACUACAUGAAUUUCCAUUCUCGUCCUUCCCUAAUCUUGAACAUCUUGACCUCAGUAUCAAUGAACUCUCUAGUGUCAUCCCACCUCAGAUCAGUUCUCUCUCCAAACUUAGCUAUCUUGAUCUAUCUAAUAAUCACUUGUCCGGGGGAAUUCCACCAGAAAUCAGUCUUCUAAGAAAUCUUGUCCUUCUCUAUCUCCAUAGGAACAAGUUAUCUAACACCAUUCCUAAAGAGAUUGGGAAACUGAAGUCUCUUGUUGAGCUAAGUUUGAGCUACAAUCAACUGAAUGGUUCCAUCCCAACAUCAAUAGGUGAUCUAAAGAACCUGACCCAACUGAAGCUCAGUGCAAAUAACCAUUUAGGAACUAUUCCAAAAGAGAUAGGGAGCAUGAUAUCUCUUGAGAAUCUACAGUUGAGUACCAACUAUUUAACAGGUUCCAUCCCUCCAAGUUUUGGAAAUUUGAAAAGGCUAAAGGUACUAUACUUGUUCACCAAUAAACUUUCGGGUGUUAUCCCUUCAGAAAUAGGAAAUUUGAAAUCUCUUAUGGAUCUAGCUUUGUAUGAGAAUCGACUCACUGGUUCAAUUCCGACAUCAUUAUGUGAUCUGAGAAACCUUUCCGGUCUCUAUCUCCAUAGAAAUAAACUUUCCGGCACUAUACCUAGAGAGAUAGGAAAGCUCAAAUCUCUUGUUGUGCUAGAAUUGAGCGACAAUCAACUCAAUGGUACAAUCCCAUCAUCAGUUGCUGAUCUCAGAAAUCUUACAGUUUUCUAUCUCCAUAUCAAUCAGCUUUCUGGCUCCAUUCCAAAAGAUGUAGGGAACAUGAAAUCUAUCCAGUUGCUAAGUUUGUUCAAUAACCAACUUAAUGGUUCAAUCCCAACAUCCUUAGGUAAUCUGAGAAAUCUGACCUUUCUCAAUCUCUCAACAAAUAAGCUUUCUGGCACUAUUCCGACAUUGAUAGGGAACUUGAACUCUUUGUUGACCUUGAGAUUUGACUUCAAUAAUCUCAGUGGUUCAAUGCCCACUUCGUUUCAAAAACUCAGCAACUUGCAAUUCUUAUCCCUCACUGAUAACCAGUUUGUUGGUUAUCUGCCACAAAACCUUUGCCACAGUGGAUCACUCGCUAAUGUUUCUGUAGCCAACAACCAUUUUAUAGGACCAAUCCCCAAAGGCUUGAAAACCUGCUCCAGCUUACUCAGACUCCGCCUUGAUGGGAACCAAUUGACAGGCAAUAUAUCUCAAGACUUUGGUGUGUAUCCAAAUCUUACUUAUAUAGAUCUAAGCCAAAAUAAACUUUAUGGUGAAAUCUCAAAGAACUGGGGGAUAUGCCCCCAGUUAACUAGCCUCCUAAUCGCUGGAAACAACCUUAGUGGAAGUAUUCCACCUCAACUCGGCAAUGCAACCCAAAUUCAUGAACUUGAUCUGUCCUCAAAUCAUUUAGUUGGAACAAUCCCUAAGGAGUUUGAGAGAUUGACUUCUUUGGCGAAGCUGAUGUUGGAUGGCAACCAGCUUUCUGGUCCUGUACCUUCAGCAUUGGGUUCAUUGACUAGUCUUGAAUAUCUAGAUCUAUCAACAAACAAAUUCAAUGAGUCCAUUCCAAUUAUUCUUGGUGACUUGCUCAAAUUAAACUACUUGAAUUUGAGCAACAACAAGUUUGGAAAAGAAAUUCCAUUUCAGCUGGGGAAGUUAGAUCAUGUGACCAUGCUCGAUCUAAGCCAUAAUUCACUUGAAGGUAACAUACCAUCAGAGAUUAGCAAUAUGGAGAGUCUGGAGAAGCUCAAUCUAUCCCGCAACAAUCUUUCUGGUUUCAUUCCAACAAGUUUUGAAAACAUGCCUGGGUUGUCGUAUGUUGACAUAUCCUACAAUGAAUUGGAAGGACCCCUGCCGCACAACAAGGCAUUUCAAGAUGCUCCACUUGAAGCAUUGCAAGGGAACAAGGGAUUGUGCAGCAAUGUGGGUUCUUUGAAACAUUGCAAUAGGGAUAACUCGAAAGAAAAGAAGAAAAUAAAAAAGAAGCAUCAGUAUCAAGAAACAAUGAGCUUAUCUGAAGUGAUUUCUUUUUCGAUAUUGAAUUUUGAUGGCAAGUCAGUGUACGAGGAAAUAUUAAGGGCAACAGAAGAUUUUGAUCCCAAAUAUUGCAUUGGAAAGGGAGGAAAUGGAACUGUCUACAAAGCAAAUUUGUCCACAGACUGCAUAGUGGCAGUGAAGAAACUCCAUCUACUUGGCAAUGAAGACAUAAACUUGAAGAAGGAAUUCUUGAAUGAAAUAAGGGCACUUACUGAGAUACGACACAGAAACAUUGUGAAGCUUUAUGGUUAUUGUUUUCAUCCACAACACUCAUUCUUGGUGUAUGAGUUUCUAGAAAGGGGUAGCUUGGACAAAAUCUUGAGCAAAGACGAGAAAGCUAUAGAAUUCGGGUGGAGUAAAAGGAUGAAUAUUGUCAAAGGUGUAGCUCAUGCAUUGUCUUACAUGCACCAUGAUUGCUUGCCACCGAUUGUGCAUAGGGACAUAUCUAGCAAAAACAUUUUGUUGGAUUCUGAAAAUGGUGAUUCUAAAUUUAUUUUUGAUAUCAGAAGAACAAUGAGGGCAAAAACCAUCGAAGAUCGGAGGAUCGGAAAGUUCCUGAAAAUGUCGAAGCAACACCCUUCUGAAAAUGAGGCUUGCGUCUCAGACUUUGGCACUGUAAAGAUUCUAAACCCAGAGUCUGCUAAUUGGACUGCCGUUGCAGGCACAUAUGGAUAUAUAGCACCAGAGCUGGCGUAUACAAUGGUGGUGACUGAAAAAUGUGAUGUUUAUAGCUUCGGAGUGGUGACAUUGGAAUUAGUUAUGGGAAGGCAUCCGGGAGAUUUUUUCUCAUCUAUAUCACAGAUGCCAAUUGGAGAUAUUUUGGACCAACGCAUUUCCCGUCCUACAGAUCAAGGUUCAGGGGAAAUUCUUUCUCUAGUGAAGAUAUCAUUUUCAUGCUUGAAUUCAAAUCCACAAUCUCGUCCAACAAUGGAACAAGUUUCUCAACAACUGGAAACUAAGAGGCUACAUUUGUCAAAGCCCUUAGAUCUGAUAACAUGUGGUGAAUUGCUUGCUCUAGAUGGUUUGGCUACCUAA